AUGAUACAUUUAUUACGAAGCAUUCUUUCCAUCCUUAUAAUAGCUCAAUUUGUUCUAGGAAGUUUUGCCAAUGGCUUCAUAGCACUGGUGAACUGCAUUGACUGGGUCAAGAAACACAAGAUCUCCUGUGCUGAUCGAAUUCUCACUGCUCUGGCUGUCUCCAGAAUUAGUUUGCUCUGGAUAAUAGUAUUAAAUUGGUAUGCAACUGUGUUGCAUCCAGCGAUCUAUAGUUCAGAAGUAAGAACUAUUGCUUAUAUUGCCUGGGUAGCAAGCAACCAUUUUUGUCUCUGGCUUGCUACUAGCCUCAGCAUACUUUAUUUGCUCAAGAUAGCCAAUUUCUCCAGCCUUUUAUUUCUUCACCUAAAAUGGAGAGCUGAAAGAGUGGUUAUCAUGAUACUGUGGGUGACUUUGAUCUUCUUGGUUUUUCAUCUUGCAGUGGUAGGCACAGAUGAAAAAAUGAAGAUGAACGUAUAUAAAGGAAACAUCACUUGGGAGAGCAAAUUGAGGGACAUCGCACACCUUUCAAAUGGAAUUAUAUUCGUGCUUGUACACCUCACACCCUUCACUAUGUCCCUGACAGCUGUUCUGCUGCUAAUCUUUUCCAUGUGGAAACAUCUGAAGAACAUGCAGCUCAGUGGCAAAGGAUUCCAAGAUCCCAGCACCGAGGUCCACUUAAGAGCCAUGCAAACUGUGAUCUCCUUUCUCUUGACAUUUGUCAUUUACCUCUUCGCUCAAAUCAUCUCAUUUUGGAAUUUUAGUAUACAGAACAAUUCAGUUCCCUUGCUUUGCCAAGUUUUUGGAAUCCUGUAUCCAUCGAGCCACUCAUUUAUCCUGAUUUGGGGGAAUAAGAAGCUGAGACAGGCCUUUCUGUCACUUCUGAGGCAGUUGAGGUGCUGGCUGAAGGAGAGGAAAUAA